AUGACCAAUGUCACGGAAGAUGAGGAUACCAAGAUGGGCGACGCAACUCCAGAGCCCACCGAGGGCUCCCGGCGAGGCAAGGGCGGGCGCCACUCUACAAAUCAAGGCGGCGCAUCAAUGUAUGGAAAGAUUCGACAUCUGAAAAAGGAGGACGGCGAGCCCCUCUGGCGCAAGGAUAUUCAAUUUGAUUUCCUCAAGGCUGUCUUCGAUGACGAGAGUAAGGUCUUCACCAACAGCUAUGAGCCUGACAACAUCGGCAAGCAAAACUUUGCCGAUCUAUACAUCGACACCAUGUCGAGAAGCAGCAAGACCAGUAAAGUCCUCCGCGACAAACUGCUUAGUGACCGAGAAGCCGCGAAGGGUAUGGCCAUGGUCUGCCUUCUGGUGAACAUUGGCAGAAUGAAUACAACGCUCAAUUUCUUCCCCGAAAUGCGAGCGCAACUCCGGACAUAUCAUGCAAUUCCCUCACUCCAAGCGCAUCAAGAUCCGCAUGCAUACAAACAGCUACAAGAUGCCCCACGUCUCAAGUCGAUUUUGAAGGGAGGAGCCGAGGAUCGUCCAGAGCCGAACACGCUCGACAAAAUUAAGGAUUCCGAUAUUCCUAGAACAAAUCCGGUAAACCUGCUCUUUGUGAUCUGCCAGUCGGCUGCAAAGAUCGCCGAAUUGCAUUUCCCUCCUGGAAAGGAGUUCCAUGAUCUCGUCAUGAAGACAAACUACACCAGUCAGUCUCGUGCACGCGCGUUCCUGUGGGUCAUGUGGUUCUACUUGGAAUCCGACUUUACGGAAGAAGGAUGCAUUGAGAAUCCUUUUGGCGAGGGCGUAGAUUAUGGUGUUGACGUCGCCAACCAGGGUAUCCCAAAGCUUGUGGACAUGACGGAGGAGCAAGAGGCAGCAGAGAAUGUUGAUCCUCAAGAAGAGAUCGAUUUUGGCUUCGCCAAACAGAAGAUGCGAGCAAAGAUCAUCGAGGCAGAUCAGGCGUACAUGGUAGACAACCAGUCGAAGCGUGGCUCUAGAGCGCGGGUUUUUGCAGCUGGCGAGGAAGGCGGUGCCACUCUGGGAAUCUUGCCACGCAUUAGACCUUCCAAGCAUGAGUCUGAUAUCGACAGCAGCCGUUCAACGCCUCCACCUAGAGCUCUAGGACGGCACAGUGGGGCCUUUGGUAGCUCCAGUCGUCGGGGCGGCGCACCUCUCAAAUACCAGAUCUUUGAAGGGUCAUCCCCUGGUGGCCCUGCUAUUGAGGGUAUCGUGGCCCGAAAGCCUCGUCCUCCGACCGCACACCAACUAGCAGUGGAGCGCAACCGUUCUCAGCGAGUGGAAUACAUCCUAGAUCGGGGUAUUCGAAAGCGUCAUCACAAGUCACGUCGUCUACGCAAAGUGGACGGAGCCAUCAUUCGCGCAGUCAAGCGUCUCAAGGAGAUGGCUGAUCCUUUCGAUGACAGCGAGAGCGAGGAGAAUAGUGCUUUCAAUAAGCACCAGUUGCUCCUCGGCCCUCCCAGCCAGUUCGCACAGCUCACUGAUAGCAAUGGCAAGCCGUUCCCCUUCCGUGAGCGAGGCUUUGGUGGCCUGGUUCAGCUAGGCACCGAAGAGGAUGAUUUUGGCGAGGAAGUUAGUGCAUACGCUGCCGCACUGCGCCGAGCCAAUCGACGACUAGACCGCUGGGAACAGGGCCCGGAUCUGGGCGUCGUUGCACCUACCAAGAAGAUCAAGCCGCAAAACGGCUACCUGAAUGGCGAGAAGGAUCCUAAUGAGACCGAGGAAGAGAUUGAUCUUGACCAAGAUGGCGAUAAGGGCGAUGACAGCUUGCUUAUUCCGCCUCGUCCCCGUGCUUCCAAAUUGAACGGAGCCACCAGCUCCAACGGUGAUGUCCCCAUGGAAGAUGCUGACGACCUUAAUGAUGUCGACAAGGAGCUCCUGGGGAUUGCUGACGGUGAAGAUGGGGAGGACGAGGGAGACGGAGACCUUGAAAAGGAUGGUGAUGACGAGGAUGAGGCCCUGGAUGAUGUUGAGAAGACUCUUCUUGGCAUGGAUGGCGAUUCAGAUACAGAGUAA